UCUUUUAUUUUGAAGUCCGCGACAGAAAGUGCAAUACAUUUUUGUUUACGUCACUGCAUUAUUGAGCUUCAGGAAGCGAUUGACAACCCACCGAGCUAUCGAAACUUGUCAAAAAGUGGCAUUUCUGGAUGUUUGUUGGUGUGUGAGUGCGUGUCGUUAGUGUAGUGAUUCUCAGGGCAUGUUUGUAGUGAGUUUUGAAGGCUGUGAGUGUGUGUAUUGAGUUGCUGCCAGCAGUGAAGUGCUCACUUGUCGAUCAGCAUCCAGAAACCCCGGGGCUCGUUUAUUGAUCCGUAUUGAACACUUUUACCGGGGCUGAGAGUGAAUAAUGGGGGCCCACACCAGUGAGGGACGCCGGGAUUGGCUCCAGCAGGACUUCGGUGAACAGCAGAUCCAGACGGUGAAUCCCUGGAACAUCAUGAUCAAACACAGACAGGUGCAUCGCAGAGGACGGCGCUCUCAGAUGGCAGUGAGUUAUACAGAUCCAGUAAUUUCCAUGGAUCUCUUGCGGACGGUCCUGCAGCCCAGCUUCAAUGAAGACAUCCGUGCGGUUUUCAGGAAAUACAUGAAGUUCUUUGAGAAGGCCGCCAGUAAUGUGAAAGAGAAUGUUGGAGGAGACAUUCAGCCGGAUCAGCUGAUCAGAGACGCUUGCAGAAACUGCCUGGAACAAGCAAAGCAGCUCUUUCCUGAAGCAGAGAAAACGGCUCCGAAGCCUAUUGUCGACUCCACAGUGAAGCGUGCACGGCAGCCAGAUGACACCUCAGGCCAGAGGGACAGUCCCGUCCCUAAAAAGAGGAAAGGUCGUCCUCCGGGUUCAGGAUCACAGUAUGACAGAACAGCCCAGUACAGCACUCCAGGAAAACUCAAAGUAAUCGAGCCAAUAAAGCGAGAAGGACCAAAGUGGGAUCCAUCCAGACUGAAUGAGAGCAGCACAUUCGUUUUGGGAUCCAGAGCAAAUAAGGCGUUGGGAAUGGGCGGCACAAGAGGAAGAAUCUACAUCAAACAUGCAGAGCUCUUCAAGUAUGCGGCCGACGCUCCGGACAAACACUGGCUUUCAGAAAGACAGCACAUGAGAGCCACAGGAGGAAAGAUGGCCUAUCUGCUCAUAGAAGAGGAUAUUCUUGAUCUUGCCAGAAGUGAUGAUUACAAGGAUUGUCCUGAAUUGAAAAUGGAUGAGUUGAAACCGUUUAGCGUGCCCAUAUGGAUGGUGGAGAAGAUGCAGAAGGCAAUGGAGGUGCAGAAAACAGAAAAUGAACUUGCCAUGUAAUGAUGACCCCGUCAGGCACGUCGCUGGACCACGGACACUCUUUAAGUGUUAUCAAAUUCACAUGACUGUAACUAUUUAGUUUUUUGCUGUUUAUUUGUUUGUGUGAUGAUCAGAAGGCCUGGGUCUACUGUACACAAGUCGCCCAGGAAUUGUUAUACUGGAGGUUUACUUGGCAAAUCAGAUUUCCACGUUUCAUCCGUUAUGAAAUCUGUGUGAAAUAGUACAAAUCUGAUGCCUUUUUUCCCCUCUAUCCUCAAACGUGUGCUUUUUUUCAUGACUUCGUAUUUGAAUAUCUUGAGGCACACAUGUAUAUGUAUAUACGAGGCCUUUUUAAACUCUGCGGAUGGGACAUUUUGUGCGUUUUGUCUUUGUCUGUGUUUCCCUUAAUCAUUUGUAGUGUUAUUUUUUUUAACAAAUGAGUUUUGUCAUAUCUGCUUUCAUUUUUUAAGUUCAAUUUCAUCCUUAUUUCUCUUUAAAUACACUUAUAUUAUUAUAAAAAAACAAACAAAGAUGCUACACUAGUAGCAGAGCUAUCAAAUGAGCCGUUAGAUUUGUACCUUUAGCAUUUUUUUGUUAGUCUUUAAUGUUUAUUUUUUAAGAAAUGAAUAUAAAACAUUUGUAGAUUUUAUAGCUUAUUAAAACAAUAAGACUGGAGGAGGAAGAUUAAUGUUUAAAUUAUUUUCUGAAUGAAUUUCAUACUGUUACACGGUCGUAUUACUGAAAAUGAUUUAUUACUGUAUGCUAAUGUAUUUACCAAUAAACGGUUUUGUGCUAAA